GAGAGAGAGAGAGAGAGAGGUGCAGCGGAGACUGAGCGGGCUGCAGGGCUCGAGGGGAAAAGAGAUGGAUUGUGCGGAAGAUGAAUAUUAUUUUCAUGGUGAAUGCCACAGAUGUCAGCAGUGUCCACCGGGCCAGGAGCUGAAAGAGGAGUGUGGAUACGGUGUGGGGGUCUCCGCUGUGUGUGUGCAGUGUGAGGAGCGCUGGUUUAAAGGUGAAUGGGGUUCUCACUCCUGCCGGAUGUGUCAAACCUGCCGACACCUCAACAGACAGGAAAUAACACCCUGUACGCGCACACACAACGCAGCGUGUGGAGACUGCCUGCCUGGGUUCUACAGUAAAAGACGACUGGACGGAUUUCAGGAUUUAGAAUGCCUGCCCUGUGGCCCCGCCCCCUUCAGAAACGCACAGUGCAGAAGUGAAGGGGACAAUGUAGGAAAUGUCUGGAGCUCGGAGGCCCCGCCCCACAACGUUGCUGUCAUGACGACUGCUUGUGUGGUGGCAGUUACCAUGGUGACCGUUUUGUUUGUCAUUGUGGUUUUAAUGUACAAAGGAUUCGGCUUAUUCAGGAGCAUGUUCAAAGGCUGUUUAUCACCGCCAGGCCUAGGUCACCGUGACCUCGCUGCUUCCUCUGUUUCUGAUGAGCACAGAGUGACCCAGUCAGCCGAUGUUGAGGCUUCGGAACUAUGUGAGUCCUCAACCUGCCCUGGUUUGGUCUCCAUGGCAAUAACCCCUAACCCCUACCCACAUCACUGUACUGCAUCUGAGUCACUGCCUCUGCAACGCAGCUCUAUCUGCAGUGACACAUCUGGGGUCGUCUCCCAGGCAACCGGGUCACCUGACAUCCCUUCAGGCCUGAGCUGGUCCUUUUGUUUUCUGAACACAUCACUGUUUUUCACCUUUGCAGAUGACCUGACCAGCGGGGGGCAGCACUGUGCAGUGGAGCAGGAGUCGGCCUGGGGUCAUCACGCUCCUGUAGAGUGCUCCGAGCUGGACUUCAUACACGUCUCCUUACCUCUGGAUCUCCAGGCAUCUGCACACACACAGAAUCAGCCUCCCUCCACCACACACUCCAUCCAGCACGGAGAGAGAGAGACGGGGGGAGGGGGAUGGGGCGGAGGAGAGACGAGAGGAGAGGGAAACGGAGAAAGGAGGAGCUGCUGUGGAGAUGCUGCUGCCAGAAGUGUCACCCUGAUGUCUGAGUCUCAGCUAAUGGAAAGAGGUUGUGCCUCCUUGCAAGGAAUGCAUUUAGGAUCUCUUCCGCUCUGGCUGGUGAAAUCCCUGGCGCUGAAAGCUGGACCCCGUGUUUCCUGGAGUAAACAACUACCAGAAGGUGGCGCUGCACCUGGGAUUACCGUCUGACAUUUUGUCGGGACUUCAGGGUUUUGAGCAUCUCUUUCAUUUCCUGUCAUCCACCACUCUGCUGACUGUUCCGGAUUUACUGCAGGCGCUCAGAAAAGUCCAGCGAGUCGACGCCCUGCUGCUAAUCAGUGAAUAUGCUACAAACAUCAACAUGACUAACGGUUUUAGCCACAACUCCAGAUUCAGAAGCAUCGACGUCACUCGUAGAGCUGAUGGGGCAAACACUGCUCUUAGAAUACAGCAAGCUAGCUGUUCAAAUGGCUGAGUAAUUGUAGUAUUUAACAAUUUACUUUCAAAAUUUCACAAGCAUGUGACUGUGCUAUAUGCUAGUGGGCUGCAGGCUAAAUAUGCUGGGCCUACAGCGUAAUGCUAAAGCUUUCAGCCAAUCACAGCCUGGUAAAAAGUCACUCUUUAACACCUUACAUGCUAAACUUCCCAACUGGGGAUACAUUGAAACACAUUAUACAUAAUUUUGCUAAUUUUCUAAGUAAGCUAAGAGAGGAAAGAAGCCAGACAGUGACCAACUCAAGCGAAACCUGUUUAGGAAUUUAGGUCAGACUUAAAAGCCUUAUGCUAAUGUUUAGCACUAACAUCGCUAACAUCAACACUAGCAAGGUGUGACAUGGUUUCGCAAACCACACUUAUCACAUUGGGAGGCAACAAGUCGCUAAUCUCGCCCUAAUUUGUCUCUUGAAAGUGUGUUCGAGGCUGCUGUUGUUUGCUGUCGAGCUUCUGACAAAAAUACCCACUGAAUAUAAAGAACUGCAGGUACAAGUUUGCAAAGUAUUACAGUUCAUAGGUUUGCAUUUUUUGCACAGUGAUAUUAGAAACAGGAAUGAAAUGCCGGUAACAACAAAAAGCUAAAAAAGACUGGGGACCUUGGACAACCCUGUGUCGAUCGGCUGGAGGAAUUUGUUGUUAGUCAUUAAAGUCAAGGGGUCUCAAACUCAGCUCACCUGGAGACCACUAGCCAGGUGGUCUUCUCCAAAACACGUUUUACCUAACACAAACUAAUAUUUGGGUAUUUUUUCCAAGUAUAAAUCUUAACUGUGAAAGAUAAGUGCAUCUUAGUCAAUGUGCAUUAGCAUCUGUGUCAUUACGACAGGCUAUGUAACAUAUAAUAAAUAUGAUAUUGUUCAAUAAAAUCAAGCAAACUUACAUUUUUCAGUAAAAUUAUACUCUUUUUAUGAUAGCAUUGAACACAAAUGAGGUUAUUGCAAGUGAUAUGCAAAGCCAUACGUGUCUUAAUUGUGAGGUGUUUUAACUCCUGCUGUGUCCUGAAUGAAUCCACAAAGGCAGAUGAACUAAUUAUCGGCCUAACUUAGUAUAAAAGCUGUGUUAGUUGUAACUAAAUUACCGUCUGUGCAGCGUUCACACUGCGUCAGGUUUGCAUCAGAAUGGUUCCUCCUCACAUCCGAAUCAUCAGUCUGAGCUGAUUUUAUAGACCAGCGUUCGGCAGCAUGCAGCUCCAAAGCUACAUGUGGCUCUUUUGCUGUCCUGUUGUGGCUCCACAGCAGAAUUAGAUUCGUAGGUAAAAAUAAAAUAAUCCUCCU